AUUUUUUUUUUGUCCUUUGUUUAGGCUUUUGGGUUAUCAAAGUCAAAACAGAACAAUCUUACUCCAUAAAUUGUUCGCACAAGGAUUGUGGAAGUAUACAAAUCACGAAUACUCUUCCCGGCGAAAUCUUUACAGGAACCGCCACAUCAAUGGGAAUCACCGGAAGUUUAACUCCAGAUCAGCUCGAGUUUUUUCACUCUCAAGGGUAUUUGGUAAUCGAAUCUUUCGCGAGUGAGGAUGAGAUUUGUGGCUUGAGGAAGAGGAUGGACGAGUUGCUGAAUCAAUUUGAUUGUUCCGUCUCCUCUAUUUUCUCCACUAAAAAUCAGAAGCAUACGACCGAUAAUUACUUCUUUGAGAGCGCUGAAAAAAUCUCCUUCUUCUUUGAAGAAAAAGCUUUUGGCGACGAUGGGGAACUGAAGCAACCGAAAGAGCUUUCUAUUAACAAAGUUGGGCAUGCACUGCAUGAGCUUGACCCAUUGUAUAGGGAAUUCACAUAUUCGUCCAAGGUUUCAAGUAUGGUAUCAUCCUUAGGUUACAGGAGACCUGUCAUCAUGCAGUCCAUGUACAUUUUCAAGCAACCUGGAAUCGGAGGCGAAGUUGUGCCGCACCAAGAUAAUUCUUUUGUGUACACGGAUCCACCUAGUUGUACUGGUCUCUGGAUGGCUUUAGAAGAUUCUACAACUGUUAAUGGUUGUCUUUGGGCAAUUCCUGGUUCUCACAAGAAUGGUCUGGUUAGAAGGUUUGUCCGAGGUGAAAAUGGUGUAACUUAUGAUCGGCCAUCACCGUCAUACGAGCAGAAAGAUUUUGUGCCGAUUGAAAUGAAAGCAGGCUCAAUGAUAGCCAUUCAUGGUGAUCUAAUCCAUCAAAGUUUCGAGAAUCUAUCACCGAAUUCAAGACAUGCCUAUAGCUUACAUGUAGUAGAAUCUGAUGGAUGUAAAUGGGCAGAAGACAACUGGAUUAAAAGAGAAAAAAUGCCUGAGCCUCUCUAUGUUCCUUGAUUCAAGCCAGUCGCCUGGAGACACUGUGAGUUGCUGUUUAUCAGAUUUCUUCUACGAUGAUAAACCUACGCACGACCUUUAGAGGGAACUCGGAACAGUAAUAAGAAUAUGGCUAAAAAAAGGGCCUUCUUGUGUCAUUUGCUUGUUGAAAUACAAUUUGUUUCUGUUUGGUCUCUGUAGUUCUGUCUUCAGAUAACCAAACUUAGUGGUCAAUAAAGUGUGACAAGUGAUUACUUGAUGUUUCUGUUAUUAUAGUUUUGACUUUCUUCAAUAUCUAAUGACAGUAACUAGAUAUUGAAGUAAGUCAUAAGAAGAAGUUAGGACCCUUAAACAGUUAGAGGUUGAAGAAAGAUUGAGGAAUAAGUGACCAUGAGAUAUAGCUCUUUUUUUAAA